AUGGCGUGGCAUCAGUUGGCAAUCGACAAACCACAUCUGGUGUAUAUCAUCCUAGGCGGCUUUACCAGCAUGUUCAUGUUAUGCUCGCUAUUCAUCAAGGAGAAGCUAUAUAUUGGCGAAGCCACCGUAGCCACCAUUUGUGGCGUAAUAUUCGGUCCUCAUGCCGCUGACCUGAUCAAUCCCUUGAGCUGGGGAAACACCGAUAAGAUCACGCUAGAGUUUUCACGCAUUGUACUUGUGGUCCAGUGUUUUGCAGUUGGUGUGGAAUUGCCCAAGGCUUACAUGGAACGACAUUGGAAGUCGGUUACCUUUCUGCUCGUCCCGGUCAUGACUUUUGGAUGGCUCAUUACCAGUCUUUUCAUUUGGUGGAUGAUCGUACCUUUGUCAUGGCUGGAGUCUCUUGCUAUAGCGGCCUGCGUUACUGCUACAGACCCCGUUCUGGCGUCCUCUGUGGUUGGUAAGGGCAAGUUCGCGAAGCGAGUACCGAAGCAUCUUCGGGAUGUUCUCUCGGCCGAGUCUGGGUGCAACGACGGCAUGGCGUUCCCUUUCAUCUACCUAUCGUUGUAUCUAUUGCGGUACGACCUCUCCGGUCGCGAAGUUGUCUUCCACUGGACGUGCUAUACGAUUCUUUACGAAUGCAUCUUUGGCGCUUUUUACGGUGUCAUGGUGGGCUACAUCGGCCGACAUGCGAUCAAAAUGGCGGAGCGAAAGGGCCUGAUUGACCGUGAAAGUUUUCUGGUGUUCUACUUCGUGCUUGCUUUGUUUUGCGCUGGAUCUGGCAGUCUCCUCGGCAUGGACGAUCUUCUGAUCGGAUUCGCCGCUGGCGUGGGAUUUUCGAACGAUGGCUGGUUCACGGAAAAGACGGAAGAGUCACACGUCUCCAACGUUAUUGACUUGCUUCUCAACUUGGCUUAUUUCGUCUACUUUGGCACCAUCAUACCCUGGGAUCAGUACAACUCGCCAGAGCAUGGAUUGGUUCCAUGGAGGCUCGUCGUUAUUGCUCUAUUUGUCAUUUUCUUCCGACGCAUACCAGCCAUGAUGUUACUAAAACCAGUGAUUCCCGACGUCAAAACGUGGCGCGAGGCACUUUUUGCUGGCCAUUUUGGCCCUAUCGGAGUCGGCGCCAUCUUCGCUGCGAUUCUUGCUCGCGCCGAAUUGGAGACGGAUUCCACGCAACCUCUGGCUAAAAUGCCUCCCCCUGGAACCAAGGAUUAUGAGCUGAUAUAUCUCGUCUGGCCCGUCGUCACGUUUUUGGUCAUUUCCUCUAUCCUUGUCCACGGGUCGUCGAUUGCCGUCUUCACCUUGGGCAAGCGUAUCAAUACUUUGACCAUGACUUUGUCAUAUACGCAGGAUAACGAAAGGGGUUCAGCCUGGAUGAAUCGACUUCCCAGAAUCACCUCGCAGUCCCGCUCGAUGUCACGUACAUACAGCUCGGAUUUUGAGACGGACGAGAAACUCGAGGUGCCGCCUGGACAGUUGCCACCCAUUGGUAUCCCCAAGCUCCACCUGAGGAGACAACGUGAAGAUGAAUACGAGAAAAGGCCAGGAUCCCGUUCUUCAAGUCUCGGGCGCUCGCGCAGGAAAAGGAGAAGUGCUGGCCAGGAUCGAUUUGGUGGGCCCAUCAGUCAGAGCGCCAUAAUGCCACAACGGCGGUCAGAGGGAGUUCUAGUUCAGCAGGAGUCAGGCUCCGACACAUUAUUCGAGAAGUCUGGAGAAGCUUCGCCGGAGAGUCACCCGGAUCAACUUGCUCCACACGAGACCUCCUCCGACGACCGUGAUAGGCUGGAGGCUGAAGAGGAGGCAGAAGCUGAAGAACGUGGAGGACCCCGUCCGCCAUCACCGGAGAGACCUGCGGAUAUUGAGGCAUACGAGGAAGGAGCUCACAUUGUUGUCGAGGACGAAGAGGGCAAUGUUGUCGACACGUUCGACUCUAGCAAGAUGACCGAAGAAGAAAAGGUAGAAGCUAUUGAAGAGGCACGAAAUCGCUUGACCAAAGAUGAAAGCGGCAACUUCGCCAAACACAAGCACCGUCCACAUCCGAAGACAGAAGGAGAGGAGGUUGAGAAAGAGGCUGCAGAAGUUGUCGGUCAACCACACAAGAAGAUGAGACAGAGGUUCGAUCAAUGGACGGGCUUCGCGAAACGCAAGCAAGACGAUUCUGGGGAUUCCGGGCCGUCAAAGAAACCUGAGCGAAAGCGGGGCCCCGCUCAUGCUUAUCAGUUUGGUAACACGGUCAUCGUCGAGGACGAAGACGGUGAAGUUAUCAAAACUUAUAACAUUCCAUCCGAUGAGUCCGGUGGCAACAGAGAACAGCAGCUAAGAGAUGGAUUGCGUCGGAUGAGUACGUGGGUCGGGUUGGGAAAACAAGGAGGUGGAGCCGGGCCUUCGAGUGGAGGACCUUCGGGCGGAAACGCAACCUUGCCUGUGCAGGUAGACGGUGCUCAAGAAAUCGUGGCCCAGGCAGACAAGCCAGAGGCCAAAAGCCGUCGUUCUUCAAACUCGUCCGACGAUGGCUUGAGAAUGAUCAUUUCGUCGACUGAUCAAUACGGUCUUGCGGGGAAGAGGAAAGUCCGCAACGCCCCAGGCACAAUUGCUCUUGGAUCUGGACGGCGACUCUCCACCAAGGACUUCAUCAAACAAAUGCAACAGUUGGAUCCAAAAAGACAGAUUAAAGAAGUCAAUGAUAGUGAUGCUCCUGAGGAGGUCAAACGCGAACUACGGCAAGCUGCUAACGAGGAAGCUGCCGGCGAGAGACCUCGGCGCCUUCGAGCGGAGACGGCUACAGGCUACGACCUAAGUGUUGUUCGUCCGGAAGGUCGCAAAAGAGCCAAGAGUGAAAUAGCCCACGAAGACGAAGACUACUUCAGCCCUCGCCAACGCCCUCAGCCAGAGCGUAUGCAUAUGACGGACGAGCAGAAUGCGACAUUGGAGGAAGAGAGUGAGGAAGACGAGGAAGAAGUCGAGGUCCCCACGCAUAAUGUCCGAUCGAGCAUUGCUAAACACGGAGGUGGUGAGACUGCAGCAGAUUUGCGUAGACGUAGGUUGGCCAGGAUCCUGUCGGAAGAUGAAGACGCGGAUGAAAAUACCGGUGGUGAAGAGACUGCUGCCGAAAAGAGACGACGUCUGGCUGCCUUGGGCUUGGGAGAUGGCGGUGACGAUGAUUCCAGUGAAAGUGACGAAGAGGUGCAACCACGCCAGGUUGACACGGCAGUACAGGAACCGCUUCCUGGCCGUCCCUCCAACCGGCCUACUAUUCAAUGGGGCGGUGAGCAUGGUAGAGAAACGGAGAAGAAAGAAAAGGACCCUACUGACAUUUACGCUGGUGAUCCAAUUGUGGGCGCGGCACGAAAAAUCCGAGGUAUGAUCAACAAGAAGAGAAAUUGA